UCAUAAUGGAGGUAUUGAAGGCUGAAAUUGCACGCAAACGCAAGCUGCUUGAGCAAAAACAACUUGUCGACGACAAAAAGAAGUUCUUUAGACGUGGAGAACUAAACGCUAAGAACACUGCGGAGGUUUUAGAGCGUGUGGGAUAUAAGAAACAGGAAUCUAUUGAGGCUCAGGGCCAAGCUGCUGAAGGUCCCUACAGCUUUGUCAACGAUGGACAAAACAUAUUGCCGCGCGCCGAGGUGAUAAGGCGUCUACGUGAACGGGGCGAACCAAUUUUGAUAUUCGGCGAAACAGAAUCGGACGCAUUUGAGAGACUGCGCCAGUGUGAGAUUUCACAGCCCGAAGCGAAUCGCGGCUUUCGCAACGAUUUUCAAGAGGCCAUGGAGCAAGUUGAUGCUGCAUAUCUUCAAGAAAUGUUUGCAAACACGCCCACAACAAAGGAGGACCAAAAGGCAGACUUUGCCGAAUUGGACGAAUCGGUAACGUGGGAAACUAUACAAGUCAUGGCGGAGGAAAUGGGCCAUGACAAGAGAGAAUACGAUAUGGAUGUUAUCAUUACGUUGCUCACCUUCUUACUGAAACUAUGGAACGAUCAGAUAACCAAUUACACAAAGCAAGAGAAAAUGUCGACCAAAGUGAAAAUGGCCCGAGUCAUCUAUACUCAGACUAAGGAGUAUGUGAAGCCACUAUUUCGCAAACUUAAACUUCACACCCUGCCUGAAGACAUUCUAGAAAGCUUGCGCGAUAUAUGCAAGCAUCUCCUCAACCGCAACUACAUAUCUGCUAGCGAUGCCUAUCUGGAGAUGGCCAUCGGAAAUGCGCCAUGGCCCAUCGGUGUAACUAUGGUUGGCAUUCACGCGCGUACCGGUCGUGAAAAGAUUUUUUCAAAGAACGUCGCUCAUGUUAUGAACGACGAGACGCAGCGAAAGUAUAUACAAGGUCUUAAGCGGCUCAUGACUAAAUGCCAAGAAUAUUUUCCCACCGAUCCAUCCAAAUGUGUCGAGUACGUUAGCAAGAAGGAUCGCGAAUAAUGGAAGCUCGCCCAAUAAAUUAAUUUUAGUUCCAUAGUCUAAUAAAUUCAUCUCCCACAAAUAUUGU